CACCACCACUUCUACUACAACAACCAGCAGCAGCAAUGUUCGGAGACGAGAUAGCGCGUCUGCGCAAGCUCGGAGUGCAGGGCCUCCUGUUCCAGCUCCUCAACUUUCUCAAUGUCGUCGCGUCGGGCCUCAUGAUGUGGAAGGCGCUGUGCCUCGUCACCAACUCCGAGUCACCGAUCGUUGUUGUCCUCUCUGGAUCCAUGCAGCCCGCAUUCUACCGUGGCGACAUCCUCUUCCUCACCAACCCCGCUAACACGCCGUACGAGGUCGGAGACAUCACCGUGUACAAGGUUGCCGGCCAAGGCAUCCCGAUCGUCCACCGCGUCCACGCGACACACGAGACCAACGGAUCACAGCUCCUCCUGACCAAGGGCGACGCGAACCCAGACAAUGACAUUGUGCUGUACGAGGGCCCCCAGUGGCUCGAGUCGAAGCAGGUCGUGGGCAAGGUCCGCGGGUUCCUGCCGUAUGUCGGCUAUGUGACCAUCGCCAUGCUGGCCAUCCUCUUCUUCUCCACGUCCCCAUCAUCACCCUUUAUCGCCGCACUCGCGCCGGAUACGCCGACUCCCGAGCCCACACCUGACGCGUCGGUGCCACCACCCGCGUACGACGAGCACAUUGCCGACCGCGGCGCAUUCUACCUCAAUGGAGGGCGCAUCUUCGACCCUGUGCUCGUCGGCUAUCGCGAGAUGCAGCGCGCGUGGAGCGACAGCGCCGUGACCAACUCGACGGCGCCGGCGUCGGUCGACGCCGAGCCAGACCACGGCCAGGGCGCCGCCGGCAGCCCCCCGACCGACCUCCCCAAGUCUGGCCCCGCAGCGUGGCCAGGUAAAUGGAAGCUGGGGCUCUCGUCUCUCCGAGCCACCCCCAAGGACGCAUCAAAAUCGCAAUCUCGGAGUGGCGCCGAGACGAUCGCCAAGCCGCCGGUGCCCCCAAGCGAGGCCGCCAUUUCAGACAGUGUCUCGGCGAGCGCAGCGAGUCUGAGUCAGCAGCAUGCGCUGGCAUCACCGCCGUCGCCGCCAUCGCCGUCUCUGCCGCCUGGGUAUGUCGACCUGCGUAUCGGCGGCAUUGGCUUUGUUGUCGACCUCGGCUGGCGGAGGACAGACCAGGGUCUGCACUGGGAGGUGGACGACAUCAGGCACGCGCGGGCGACACGUGACGCUCGCCGCCGAGGGUCAAGCGGUACAGUUCCAGGUGCAAGUAGCAAAAAUGCUGGGAGUGUGCUCGGCGCGGCGGCGGCGGCGGGAGUAGACGAGAGCAGUAGCGGCAAGGCCAAGGGAAGCCGGCGGAACUCGUGGCUGGGCGCCUCGUUUGUUGGGUCUUGGUAGAGGACCUUGGGGAUCUGGUGCCGAGCAGCAAGCGGCUUUCCAGGUAGAUUGCCCCAAGGGCUGGCUGUCGUAGCAUUCCAUGUUGUACAAC